AUGGCGUCCCUUCGUCUCGCAGUCCCACGAGCAGGUCUCUCUCUCCACGCCAAACAACUGCAACAAACAAGAUGGUUCCUACCAGUACUCGCCCGCCGCCACGCCUCGACCUCUGAAAAGCCAACACCACCCAAGCCUCGUGUACUAGAAAAGCCAGACAAGUUUCGUCCACCGUCCCAUUCUUCUCGUCUACGCAGCAAGCCACGCUACAACUAUGGCCCGGACCUCACGCAAGAGCAGAAGACUGUGCGACGAUAUCCCCACAUGAUGCCUCCGGAGGGGACCACGAUGCAUUGGUUUUUGACGAAUCGCACGAUUCAUGCUUGGAUUAGUUUGUCCAUCCUAGUCUCACUGGUAAUCUCAAUCUGGAUCUCCGACUUCCUCCACACGACCCCUUACAGCGAUCUCCUUCCCCCGAAAAGCAUGUUCCUCUCGCAUCCCUUCUCCUACCUCGGCCGCUAUAUCGAAGUCUACCAAAUGCACGUGGAAUACGUCUCCGCGCAGACCGCCGAGCGAAGGAAGAACAAAGUGGACGAUGUGCAGAAGCGGAGCGAUUAUAGGAAAGCACAUGGGAUUGCUCAAGGGGAGGGAAUCUUUGGUGGAUGGUCGGCGAAGAGUGAUGAGGAGAAGGUUGGACCUGCAUUGGCGACAGAUGGCGCUGUGCCUGGUGUGGAUGAUGCUAGUCCGCGAGCGGUGGCUGCUGCGAGGGAAGCUCAGGCGGAGGCGGAGAAUAACACCGGAAAGGAGGGCGAGGAGGUGUUUGUGGAUUUCGAGGGAAAGAAGCAGGCGGCGCCGAAGAAGUGGUUUGGAAUAUGGUGAGGUACUUGGAGGAGAACCUCGCUGUGUCACCGCCUAGGGCUUUGCGGCACACGAUGGAUGUACAGAUACAUAUAAAGG